UUUUGUAUUUUAGUGUGGGAUGAUGAAUUCACGUUAAAUCACCGUUAUUUAAGUACCUGCUAAUUUCCUGCAUCUCCUUUUGACUUGGUCUGUGCUACUUUUAUAUUUAACAUUCUUAAAUCAACACUAAUAGAAAAUCCUUAAACUUAACCAAAUAUCUUCUCCUCCACCAGCAAACAUUAAUCAAACCAAAUUUUCUCAAAUUUCUAAUCCAAAACCCUAAUUUCUCCACAUCAAUCCAAAACAAAGAAAAAUUCUUUCUUAAUUCCCAUAUGAUUCCAACGAUACAAAUUCCCAGUCUGUAUUAAUCAAAUUCGAUGGAUAUUCAAGAGCAAGAAUCGUCCAAUUCCUACAAUCUAAUCGCCAAUUCAUCGUCGUGGUUCGAAAUCAGAUUGUUCUACGUAAGAAUCACACCGUGUGUGAUCGAAAGCGUACCGGAUCAUCUAACACUCCGUCAUCUACGGCGGGUUAUCAGCACCCCACUUGAAAUCAACGGCUCAAGAAUCCCCGCUGCGGAUUCCGCCACCGUUACCUUGCGCCGUGACCGUCUUAAUAAAGAAUCGUCAGAGGUUACCUACGUUAGCACCGACAGUGUUAGGGUAACGGGGGCCGUUGAAUUCGAGGUGGUAGAGGAUAAUAAAGAUUUGUUCUUAUGCGGUUCUUUAGAGAGAAUUGAGUCCCCGACAUGGUGUAGUGAUUCGAAAACAGGUUGGAGCAUGGAAUGUUAUAUGGCGGCGUCUGUUGGAGAGGGUAAUUCGGUGUUUUUUCAACCGAAGAUGGGGGUUUCGUCGCCGGCGAUCGAGGUUUAUAUUGCAGGAUGUUGCGGUGGUGUGCCGGUUAUUUUGACUAAGACGAUAUUGGUGAGUCCUAGAAGGAGAGGCUCGAGGCAUAGAAUGCUUGAUGCUAUUCCUGAAGAUGAUGAGAUGGAGAAGGUUCAGAAUGGUGAUGCGUCACUUCGAGUCCGUAAAGUUCAGAUUGUUGAAUCAGAAGGUGAUGACUAUGAUUCAGAAGAGAAAAUUGGAAACAGAUAUUACCCAGAUGAAAUGUACUAUGGCGAGGAUGGCCAACUUACAUGGUUUAAUGCUGGCGUGAGAGUUGGUGUUGGAAUAGGACUUGGGAUGUGCCUUGGGAUUGGAGUAGGUGUUGGACUGCUUAUGCGUUCAUAUCAAGCAACUACAAGGAAUUUCAGGAGGAGGUUUUUCUGAUAUAUGAGCUGAAUAAAUUUGAUCCAGUAAUACGCUGUCAUGGAUCAGCAUAAAAGAAUAUGGAAUCUUUCAGAUUUUCAAGCAAGUCUGAAGAUCUCAACACGGGGCUAAAGAAAAUAAGAAACACAUUAUACAAUAAUGCUGAUAUGUUAAAAGUACGAGUUUUGGUAGGUCAGAGUAACAAAGUGCACAGUGUUUUUGUAAGGUAGUCUCGAUCUUUUCUUCAUAAGAUGAGCCUGCAUUGAACAUAUGAGCUUUUGCUAAAAGUUCCCGGUAAUAAUCCAAUAGCUGCACGUUACAUCGUGCAUUUGUUGAUUCGCAUGGAAGUUAGUUGCAUCCCCGAUUUGCUUCAACAUCUGGAUGAUUGGAGCGUGCAAGCAGGAGGGAGGAAAUACAUACAUGUUCGGCAGCAAAACACGAGAUUGUGUGGGGUAUAUCGGUUUGCUUCUUCAAACAAUAUGCGUCGUCAUCAUUGAGCGAGUUCUGUAGAAAAUGGGGUGGUAGUUUUUCAAAUUCUUUUGUUUUUUCUUUUCUUUCUGUUUCUCGCCCUUUUCUUCUUUACUUAACCUGUUCUCUUGAAAAUAAAUCUUAGUUUCCCCUGUAAUCAAGCUUAUAAUGCUGUUUGUUUAUGUUUAUAUUUCAUUAAUUUGUUCGAAUCUGUAAGUAGACCUGUGGGAAUAAUGGACAGUGUUUUCCAUUUCUAUCUAA